AUGGACGAAAUAUCUUGGAUUCAAAAGCCGGAUAUAGAUGCAGACAACCAAACCCAUGUUAAGGUCGGAUGGCUUUUUCACGAGACGUGUUUUGCUAUUCUUGAGAUGGCCGCAAAGUGUCGUAUGACCUCUAUUGAGUCAGAUACACUUUUUCGGGCUUUAAAUGAUGAGUAUAUCAAGAAGCGGGCAGAAUUCAAGAAGGCCAUGAUAAAUGAAGACGUUAGUACCGAAAAGAUGUUAAGGCGUCUUCGUGAAGACAACCUCAAUCCACUGUGGAUUCCAGGACUACAGAAUGUCAUCCAAGCUGCAUUUGAUAGACCGGUGCCUCAACCUCAGCCAGCUGAAAGGAUACCUCCAGGUAUCAAGACUAACGCUGGAUUUAAAAUAUCUCUUGGCGCUUUUUACCUCCUUACCAUCGCAAUACAAGAAAGAAUUGCCAAUCAUAUUGGCAACCUACGAGAUUUGCGUGUCAUGAUUUUGCUAGGUCGCUGGAGGCUUUCAGACAAGUUUUGGAUUAAUAGAAUCCCGGAUUGCAUUCAUGAAAUUCACGGGAUUUCCGAUACGAAGAUAGAUUGGCAGUGGCUGGGUUUGGAAGUCCUCAAACUCGUGGAAAAGAAUGAGCCGACUGGAUAUCCGAAUAGAACCCGAGUGCAUCAAUAUGCAAAACGUAUAUGGAAUUUUUAUCUUCUGAACCAAAGUGAUACCACCAAUGUCCACAACAUUGAAAAUAGUCAACUUUGA